AUGUCCUUAUACAAAUAUGUUUUAACAUUUAUCAGUAGAUCUGAAGAACCUUUGUCCGAUCUAAGAAUACAAGAAUUAUUAUUGAAAGUUGUAGCUCAUAUUCCAAGUGAAAUCCAAACGGAGUUUACUCAAACUAAAAGAUUAGGUUCUCGUGCAUUUGACCAAUAUUUGACCUCUUCAUUCCCUAUAGAUAAGAUGGUAUUUAAGGGUUUAACUGAUUCAGUAGAUAUCAUUUUACAACAAGAUGAUAAGUAUCGUCAAGGUAAAAAAGUUUUUGCUUUUGAUAUGGAUUCCACAUUAAUCUAUCAAGAAGUUAUUGAAUUGAUCGCAGCAUACGCUAAUGUUGAGCCACAAGUUAAGGCGAUAACUGAUCGUGCCAUGAACAAUGAAAUUGACUUCCAAGAAUCUUUAAGAGAACGUGUUGCUUUGUUGAAAGGGCUAUCAAUUGAAAGAAUUUAUGAAGAAGUUAAGACUAAAUUAAAUGUUACUCGUGGUGUUCCAGAACUAUUUCAAUUUUUGAAGAAAAAAGGAGCCAAAUUAGCAGUAUUAUCUGGUGGAUUUGUACCAUUUGCUGAAUAUAUUCUAAAUCAAUUACAAAUGGACUUUAUGAGGGCCAAUGUCUUAGAGACUAAUGAACAAGGUCAAUUAACUGGUAAUGUACUUGGUGAUAUUGUAGAUGGUACAGUUAAAGCCGAGACUUUAUUAUUAUUAUCUGAAAAAUGGGGGGUUGCAUUAGAAGAGACUAUGAUGAUAGGUGAUGGUGGUAAUGAUUUACCUGCAAUGGGUGUUGCUGGUUUCGGUAUCGCCUGGAAUGCUAAACCAAAAGUUCAAUCUGAAGCACCAUGCCAAUUGAAUACGUACACUUUAUUGGAUGUCCUAUAUAUCCUUGGUUAUACAGAUGAUGAAAUUAGAACUACUCUAGAACUAUAG